AACUGCAUACAAUUCGCUCCAAAUCCUCUUCUCAUACAAUACUUUGUACAAUAUAAUCCGACGUCGUAUUCCGUAGUUCCCUGCACAGAUAGAGAGAAACCGAGUGAAUUAAAGCAUCCAGUCCAAUCCAACCAAACCUUUGUUUACACUCUUCUUCACCCAUCCUUUCCUCCAUCUUUUCGUGCUUUUUUUGGUAAAAAUGUCGGCAGCUGUGGGCGCUAUUUCUGCAACCAAAGGUGCAACUUUCAAUUCUCAAAUGGCAGAAGAGGAGCUCGUUAACAGUGACAAGAAAAACAUGGCUGCAAGUGUUGAAAAACCGAGCCAGCUGCUACCCAAAGGUGACGAUGGUCAUAGUGAUGAGGUUGAUCUGGAUGAAGAGGACGAUGAGGUCGCCGCAUUGGAAUCGGAAAAGGAUCAGUUGGUUCUUGGCCCUCAGUUUUCUCUCAAGGAGCAGCUUGAGAAAGAUAAAGAUGAUGAGAGUUUGAGGAAAUGGAAGGAGCAACUUCUUGGGAGUGUUGAUCUCUCUGCUGUUGGAGAGAGUAAAGAACCGGAAGUGAGGGUACUAAGUCUCACAAUCGUCUGCCGGGGCCGGCCGGAUCUUGUCCUGCCGAUCCCGCUUACUCACAAACCCAAGAGCAGUCUGUUCACACUCAAAGAAGGAUGCCAGUACCGCAUCAAAUUCACAUUCUCCGUCUCCAAAAACAUCGUCUCAGGCCUCAAGUACACCAACACUGUGUGGAAGACUGGUGUUAGAGUGGACAAUUCAAAGAGAAUGCUUGGAACAUUUAGUCCUCAAGAAGAACCUUAUAUAUAUGAGACUGCAGAAGAUACUGUUCCUGCAAGCAUAUUUGCCAGGGGCUGGUAUUGUGUGAGAACCAAAUUUUUGGAUGAUGAUGGAAAGUGCUAUUUGGACAUGAGCUACUACUUUGAAAUCCAGAAGAACUGGCCAAAAUCCACUUGAAACUAAUUUCCAUCUGUUUUUCAGCAAUUAAUAUUGGCUUAAUCAAAUGACCAUGCGGUACAUUGUGUUGUUUAGUGAAGUUUUCCAGUCUAUAAGUUAAUUAUCUUUGUCAUCCAUCUUUGAGAUUGGCAAUUGAUGCUUCAAAUGAACCUUUUCAGCUGUGAGAUGAUGUUCUUCCUCCUCUCAUGUUGUUGUAUCUUGUAAUCAUACUGAGCACAAUCCAAUCCAUAUGUUUAUGUGAUUCAAUAAGAAAGCACUGUACCAAGACAUGCAUGCUUUUUAAUGAAUUUCUUUUCCUUUUCU